UUUCUCCAUGUUUUUCAUCGCAACUUUCAGAGGUUAGUUUUCAUGAGUUUAAUUGAAGUGAAUUUUUUGAAAUUGAAUUGAUAACUUGGAAGAAUAUCUUAAUUCACGCAGAUAUCUAAAGAUUCAUUAUUAUACGAGCAUACUUGGAUUAUGAAAUAUGGGGAAGGAAACAGCAAGGUUAUAUGUGAGGUUUCCAGUGAAAAUUAAUGAAGAAUUGGAAGUAAAGAAUCUUUGCUCAUAUAUUGAAGCAGUGCACUUACCACGACAGAAAUCUGCACGCUGGUGCAUUGUAGAUUUUAAGUCAUCAGAACAAAGACAGGAGGGAAUUCAAAUUUUGAAACAGAUCAAGAUUAAAGGAAAAUAUCUCAUUGUCAAAUCGAUGAAUUGUAAAUCCAAACUUCAAAAGUCUCAGAAGAAGUCUGAUUGUGUUGAUUCAGUUCAAGAGUUGCUGAAGAUUUGAAUAAGUUUCAAAUAAGAUAUAUCUUUGUAUAAUGGAAAGGAUUGAUUGUUACAUUGUUGAACUGUUGUGGUUUUUUGUAUAUUGAGUCAAUUUAUGUUAUUUAAAUAAACUACUCCAUAAAA